UUUGGAUUUUGAUUCCCAAUCCCUGAGCCUGAAAGGACUGUCUGAAGUGAGAGAGAAGUGAGAACAGAGCAUGGCAUCGACGGCAGCGUAUUUGGCUCGGCGCGCGGCGCAGAAGGAGAGGGUUCGGAUCCUCUAUCGCCGUGCCCUCAAAGACACUCUCAAUUGGGCCGUACAUCGCCACCUCUUCUACGACGACGCUGCCAACCUCCGCGAUAGGUUCGAGGAAAACAGACACGUGGAAGACCUUGAUACCAUUGAUAGGUUGAUAGCGGAUGGUGAAGCCAGCUACAAUAAGUGGCGUCAUCCUGAUCCUUAUAUUGUUCCUUGGGCUCCUGGCGGUUCUAAGUUUACUCGCAACCCAACUCCACCUCAAGGGAUUGAAAUAGUUUAUAAUUAUGGCCGUGAAGAUAACGACUGAAAUCCCUUUUUUUUUUUUGUUUGCCAUCUUGCAAUUAAUAAAGGUUUGCAAUCAAAUUGUUCUAUAUUACUAGAUUGUGGAUUAAAUCAUUUUCGUUUACUCUUAUGCGACAAGCAUAAAUUGAUACAGAUUGAGUCUAUGCUUCUGGUGUUGAAGAUAUUUGAUCAUCUCUCAACCAAAUGGGUCCCAGAUCAUUGAAUGUUUGUUGAGAUUCUGUCAUUGGUACUU